AUGAGUAACAAUAAUAAAGAAACUAUGACAAAAAAACAACAAGAUGACCUUACUUCAACAUUUAAUAAUCUUCCCUGGGGACUCCCAUUGGGUUUUCCAUCAUUAUCACCAUUUGGUGCAUUUCCAACAUUUGGUUUACCAACACCAAAUUUUCCUCCAUUGAACAGUUUUGCAUCAUCACCAACAACUGCUUUUCCUCCUCCACCUUCGCUUCUAUCCAAUGAUUCAACAAAUCCAUCGACAUCAACUGAUGUAUGGUCAAAUGGUUUAUCGACGACAAAUAGUUCUAUUGAUUAUAAUGAAUAUGCUAAACAAUUAGGUUUUCUUAUGAAUGCAUUUACUGAACAACAACAACAACAGCAACAACAAGAAAUAGAUAAAACAAAAGGUACAAAAAGGUUUUGUCUUUUUUUGAAAGAAAAAAAAAUUUUGUGUUUUCCUUUUAAAGCUUCACCAACAAUAAAACAUUCAAAAUCUAAACAAUCUCAUACACAUUCACCUGAUGUUAUUAAUGGUAAAAGACAUGAUGAUUCACGUCGAUCAUCAUCAUCAACAAAAUCUUCAUCACGUUCAAAAUCAUCAUUAAAUCCAACGUCUAAUCUAUCAUCUUCAAGCAAAACAUCUACAACAACCGAUCCAACUAUGCUUGAUCCAUUAGCAUUUGCUGCUGCAGCAGCUGCUGCAAGUGGUGGUCUAACAUUUCCUUAUUUUCUUCCAUCAUUACUUUCACAAACAUCUUCAACAACUAAUAAUAAUAAUAAUCCUUCAGCAUAUCCAUUUUCAAGUUUACCAACAUCAUUAACAAAUCCAACGGCUGGACUUUAUCCAUUUUUAUCACCUGAUUGGUUUACAUCAGCAACAACAGCAUCAUCAUCAUCACCUUCUAUGGGAAAUGUAACUCCUGAUUUAAAACAUUCAAAAAAACGUUCGAAAUCAAUUCGAACAUUAACUGAAGAACAAGAUAAAAAUUCCUCAAGUCUUCUUCAUUUAGCAUUAUCUGAUCCAACAAAUACGAAUGGUUCACGUAUGAGUCGUCGUAAUAGUACAAAUGAUACAGGUGUUGAUGAUUCACGAUCAAAUGAUGAUGGUAGAAUAAAAGCUAAUAUACAUUUUUCUGUUAAUUUGAAAGAAAAAAUUCUUUUAGAUGAUUCCGAUCCAAAUCCAAAACGUAAAAAACCAGAUGAAGUUAAUGAAACACUUGUACGAAUACCAUUAAAUCGGGGAUGGAAACGUGUGACAAUUAUUCGAGCAAUAACUCGAACUGGUGUACGUGGUGAUGUUUCAUAUUAUGCCCCAUGUGGAAGAAAAUUACGUUCAUUUCAAGAAAUUGAUCGAUAUUUAUCGAAAAAGAAUAUAACAGAUUUAGAUCGAUCACAUUUUACAUUUAGUUCAAAAGUUCAUAUUGGAUUUUUUCAUGAACCAAAAGAAGGUCCAGAUGGAAAGACUAUAUUUCAUGAAUCAACUGAAGAUGAAAUUGUUAAUCGUAUAUUAGAAAUAAAUCCUAAAUUUCGUCGAAUUGAAACAAGUUCAAGUCCUUCUUUAACGCCAAGUAAUGGCACCAAUGAUCAUCAUGAUGAUCAUAGAAAAAUUCGUUUAGAGCAAGAAGAAAUAUCUAAACGAGCAGCUGAAAUAAAAACAAAACGUGAAGCUAUGCGUUUAACACGUAAUAUACCAAAUGAAAGUACAAAACCACCUGAAACACAAUAUCAACAUAAUGAUUUUAUAAAAGCAAUUAUUGAACAACAAAAAUUAGUUCAACAACAAGAACUUGAACAUAAACAAAAAUUACAACAAGAACAACAAGAACAAGAACGUAAACGUCAAGAACUUGCAUAUUUAAAACAACUUGAAUUAAAAAAGCGUCAAGAAGAAAAACUUCUAUUAAUCGAACAACGUAAAGCAGAAAAGAAUGCACAACGUGAAAAGAAAAUUCAAGAAAAAUAUAUGGAAAUAGUCCUUGCGAAAGAAAUGAAACGAAUUACUGAAGAUAUGCAAUUACGAGAUCUGAAGGUGAAGUGUUGUCAAUUUCCGCUUCCAAUAUUAAAACCAAUUGAAAAUAUGCGUUUAUCAAUUGAAGCAUUUGCCAAUUGUUUAAUGAUUAUUGAAUUUCUUAAUAAUUUUAAACAUAUUCUUAAUAUUCCUGAUAAUUUAAUUCCAACAUUAAAUAGUUUACAACAAUCAUUAUUAAAUUAUUCAUCAUCAAGAGAUUUAAAUUCACUUUGUCAAAUAUUACUUCGUAUUGCAUUAGAAGAUCCUGGCAUUCCAAAUCCUAAAAAAGCUUUAACUAAUCUUGGACAAAAAUUGUCUGAAAUUGAUAUAACUGAACAUACAUUUAGUGAAAUUUUACGUAUAUAUAUACGAGAACGUAAUGGUUUUGAUGAUAAAUUAAGUCAAAGUUUAUCUGAUGUAUCAUUUCAAGUAUUAAUAUCUGAUGAGAAAGCUGAAGUUUUAGCUUUUCUAUGUAAUGAUUUAUCAACAAAUAAACGAGUUGUUGAUGAAAUUGAUCGUAAUCUUGAAGAAUUAAUUAGUUUAAAACAUGAAAAAUGGGAAAUUGAAAAACGUUUACGUCGGUUAAAAUUUGAAAAAUAUAAUAAUACAAAUAGUAAUUCGAAUGUAAAAAAAAUGGCAACAUUAUUACGAGAAAAAGAUUUGAACAGUUCAGACAAUGAAAGUCCAGAUGAUAGUGAUGGUGAAUCUAUGAAAAAUGAUGAUGAAACAUCAAUAACAAAUGAUCCAGCAACAAUAACAGCUGAUGAUCAAGAUAUUGAAACACUUGAUGAAACAAAAAUUGACGAUAUUGAUAAACGUUUAGCACUUGUUACAAGAAAAUAUAUUCUUAUUAAACGUCGUGUUAUUGAUAAACAAUGUCGUAUACGUGCAUUACAUCUUGGACAAGAUCGUUACCGUCGUCGUUAUUGGUAUUUUUCACAUUUACCUGGAAUUUAUAUUGAAGGUUUAGUAUCAGGUGAUAUAUCAUCAGAUGAUAUACAAAAUAUUAUUGAAAAUGUAACCAAACAAAAACAUGAUAAUAAACCAUCAAUUAAUAAUAAUGAAUGUAAUUCAUCAUCACGUUCUACACAACGUAAAAAACAACAAACACGAACACCAAAUGUAACAUCACCACCACCGCCAUCAUCAUCAUCAUCACAACAACUACAACCACCAUCAUCAUCAUCAUCAACAAGAAAUUCUACUAUAGAACAAUCACCUAUGAUUGAAUUAAAUAAAAUAAAAAAUGAAAAUAGUGAUAAUGAAGAUGAACAACAACAAAUAAAUACAACGAAUAAUAUUACAGAAGAUCUUGCUACUAUGGAUCUAUCUGCUUUUUGUAUGGCUGCUAAAAGAGAUAAUGAUGUACAACAAAUUGUAAUAGUCAAUGAAGAAAAACCUAUUACAAAUGGAACAUCGAAGGAUGUUGAAAUAAAACAUGAACUGAGUGAUGAAGUAAAUCCCAAACGUAUUGUUAAUGAAUUUAACGAUGAUAAUCUUCCACUUGAUCUUUCAUGUUCAAAAUCGAAACGUACAUGUCAAGAUGAUUAUUGGACAUCACAACAUACACAAGCUGUUUAUCCAUUAACAUCUUCUAUCGAUCAAUUUCAAGAAUUAAAUGAUCUAGCUACAACAGCUAUGUUAAUAAAUAAUAUUAAACAAGAACAAACAAAUACAAAUCUAUCAAAAAAUAUUCUAGAUUUAACAAAUGUUAAUUUACAAAAUAUUAUUUCGAAUCAAUAUAUGUCAACAUUUAAUUUAUCAACGCCAAUUAAACAAGAAUCAUCAACGACUAAUUUUAAACAAAUUGAACAAUCAAUUAGAGAGAAAUUUCAAUAUUCACAACCAUUACCUAUUCCUGAUGAUGUUCAGUCAGGUUGGUGGUUAAUUCAAACAUCUGACGAAUUGCGUACUCUAAUAAAAUCAUUAGCUAAACGUGGUCAACGUGAACGAUAUUUAUGUCGAAUGCUUCAACGUUAUUUUGAUGUUAUAACAAAUUCAAUGUUAAAUAUAAAAAUAGAAAAUUCGUUAUUAUCAAUAGAAAAUGAAAAUGAAAAUGAAAAUGAGAAUGAUGAACAACAACAACAACAACAAACAUCAAAUGAUUUUAUUGAAAAUGAUAAUCAAAAUUUUGAUGAUACACAUGAAAUGGAUGUAUUAAAUGAAAUAUAUAAUUUAGCUGACCGUAUAAUAGCAUCAAGUUUACAAUGUCGUUCAUAUGAUAUAAAUACAAGUCGUAAACGUUUAACAUAUUCUGAUAUACAAGCUAAAGGCUCUGAUAUUCUCGAUGAAGCUAAACAUUUAUUAACUGAUAUUGAACGUAAUAUUGAACGACGUUAUUUAAAAUAUCCAUUUGCACGUAAAUAUGAACUUAAUUUAUCAUCAUUAAAUCGUAUUAAUCAACAUAGUACAUAUCAUCAUACAUUAGAAAAUUCAACAAAUGAAAUUGUUUCAUCAUCAAAAUAUGAUGAAGCACCACAACAACUUGAACGUUGGAGACGUACUAUUAAUGAAUCACGUACACCAGCACAAUUAGCAUUAUGUUUAACACAAUUAGAACGUUGUAUUGCAUGGGAACGAUCAAUAAUGAGAGUUUACUGUGAAAUAUGUAAUUCAGAUGUUGAUGAAGAAAAAUUAUUAUUAUGUGAUGGUUGUGAUCGUGGUACACAUACAUAUUGUUUUAUGCCACCUAUGUCAUUUAUACCACCAAAUGAUUGGUAUUGUUAUGUUUGUAUUGGUAAAGCAAAAGGGGAAAAUUUAUGUUUUGUUUGUGGUAAUAAAGGUGAUAAUCAAUUAAAUCGAUGUGAACAUUGUGGAAAAUUAUUUCAUGAAGAAUGUUUAAAAAAUGCUAAACAACAACGUGGAAAAUGGUUAUGUGUAUUAUGUGCAGCUAAUGAUAGUAGUGCAUUAAUAGCAACAUUAAGUGCUGGAAAUAAUAAUACGAAAUGGCAAAUGGGUCGUCAAACAUUUCGUUCAACGAAUACAUCAGCUAAUGCAACAAAUAAUUCAACAUCAAAAUCUCGUCAACCCUCGAUUAGUUCAACUAGUUCAGUAACGAAUACAAAUGGAGAAUCAACAAAUAAUUCUUCUUUAUCUAAUCGUAAUCGUUCGAAUAGUAAUCGUAAAUCAAAACCUCGUAAUAGUUCAACUAAUACGGAAAUUUCAAUUUUACAAGAAUCACAUUCAAAUUCAUCUCAUACAGAUGCAAUAACAAUGAGUAGUCUUAAUGAAUCAUCAUCGAUUCAAUCACCAUCUAAUACUGCUGAUAUUGAUGAUGAUAUUCCUUCUCCAACAAUGGGUGGUACAACUAAUACAAUGAAUAAUUCAAAGAAAAAACCUUCUCGUAAAUCGAAAUCAAAUACAGAUAAUAACGAUAUAAAAGCGUGCAGAAUAAUUUUGAAUGAAUUAUUAAAAAAUGAUGCAUCAUGGCCAUUUCAAACACCAGUUGAUGCAAAACAACAUCCUGAAUAUUAUGAAUGUAUAAAAAAUCCAAUGGAUUUUUCUACAAUGAAAAAGAAGAUGCGUAAUCAUCAAUAUACAAAACGUGAUGAAUUUUUUAAUGAUGUACAAUUAAUAUUAAAUAAUUGUGAAUAUUAUAAUGAAGAUGAUAGUCCAGUUGGUGAAGCUGGUCAUGUUUUACGAACAUUUUUUGAAACACGAUGGGCUAAACAAUUUGGUUAA